UCGGAAUUAUAUAAUAAUAAUCACGCAUGCGUUGUUAACGUGGAAACUGGUAAAGCUAAUAUUGUAUCAGAAACACCAUGGCUUCAGAAGUAGAAGAAACCCUCAAGAGGAUUCAAACCCAUAAAGGUGUUAUUGGAAUUAUAAUUGUCAACUCAGAAGGUAUUCCUAUCAAAACAACAUUGGAUAACUCUACUACUGUCCAGUAUGCUGGUCUCAUCACUCAACUUGCUGAUAAGGCCAGAAGUACUGUAAGGGACAUUGACCCAACAAAUGAUCUCACCUUCUUACGUAUUCGAUCAAAAAAACAUGAAAUCAUGGUAGCUCCAGAUAAAGAAUACCUUUUGAUUGUCAUACAGAACCCUAGUGGGUGAAGAAUUGUUCACUAAAAUGAUGGAUAAUAUGUAACAACAAUUCUUUUUAACUUGAUUUAAUUACAAAACAAGAAACAAAAUUAAUAUAAAAUUUUGAUGCACUCAUGAUAACUAUACUUUUAGGAUUAUUUUUUAUGUGAGAUACUAUAUUUUCCAUCUAAUAUAUUUGAAACAGUUUUGUUUAUUAACUUUGAAAACAUAAAAAAUCCUAAAUAAACCUGUGUUUAGUAUCAUUUAUUGAAUUUAAGUUAUUACACAUAUGUAGCAAAAGUGAUUGUAGCUAUUAAAGUAUAAUUUUUAAACAUUGUAUUUUAUAUUGUAAAUUGUUAUAUUCUUGCAGUACAUGUGAUAAAUGGACUUUAUCUUUGACUGUGAAUUACCGUAUUACUAAUUAAGGACACAUCAAAUAGAAACUUAAAUUCUAACCAACAAGUUAAAAGCAAAAAAGUGUAUUGAAAUUUCUGUUAUAAUAACAGAAAACAGCAUUAGCUAUUACCUGACAUUCCUUUUGAUAUUUAAUAAUUGUUUGGAGUUUUAAUGCUAAUUCCAUUUUUAACUUGUUUUAAAAUGCAUGUUAAACUCACCCAACUUUCACUCUGGUACUUCUCAGGACAACCCUAAGAUACAACAUUAAUAAAAAUACCUGUGAUCAUGGAGUGUAAGAUGAAAGAUGAAACUUCAUGAAUCAAAUGUAAGGUACAUCUUACUGAAAAAUAAAGUUUGAAAUGAAUCUA